CGCUAGCUCUCCGGCGGCAGCGGAGGCAGGCCGGGCCGCACGGACGGGCAAGGGGUUGGGCACGAAUCCCAGUGCGCCGGCGAGGCUGCCCCGAGGAUCCCAGUGCGCCGGCGAGCUGCCCCGAGGCCAUCACACGCGCGCUGUCUAGGCACACCGAUGUACGCCCCACCAGGCGCCAUCGACGCGCCCCGCCCGGCGGCGGCCGAGGCCGCGUUAACAAAGGCGCAACGGCAAAAAAGCGCCGAACGCCGGAAGCACUGGCUCGCAAAGAACGCCGCGCCCUUACCUCAUAGAGUGAUCAAGGGCGGCCUCAGCAAAAAGCAAAUCAGCGACGUCCUGCUGUUCCCGCGGCACAGGCACACGACCUUGAAUAAAAGCCUCGUGAACGCCCAACGAGCCCACGAGCGGGACCGGGAGCGCACCCGUUUAGCUAAUUUACAAGCGGUGCUCGACGCGGAGCAGAAGAAGCGCGACGCCGAGGACCUGCAGGCCGCGAAGGACGCCGAGAAGAAAUUUAUUAAGAGUGAUACAGAAAAGAAAUCAUCACUCCUCAACAGCUGGCGGCGAUAUCAGGGCACGCACCCCAUGCUCGACCCCGACCGCAUGACACUGAGGAAUGCGGCUCGGGCAGCGUUCACGGCCGCGGACACGUCGGCUGCUUCUCUUGCGGCAGGUACGGCUCGACGAGUAUUAGAUGAAGCUGAGGCGAAGCGCAUCGCCGACGAACUCGAGGCGAAGCGCUUCAAGUUUCUGGUCGACCAUUCACCGUUGCGCUUGCGACUGAAGGGCGCUGCGGAUAAUGACGACGUGCCCUCACUCCCAUCGCUGGCGAAGGACGCGGAGGGCUCGCUCGAGGAGCGCCAGGAAUUACUGGAAGAGAGGUUAGAGUACUUCGACGGCACGCGGGGGCGCAUGCGCUUCUUUAAGGCCUACCAGGAGGCGCUGACGAUUGGGAGUUCAAAGGCCGAUGAAUAUCUGGAAGAGGAGUCGGACCACCCGCAACAGAUCGCGAGGGACUUUAAUAAAGUACUGGUGGACCUCGGUGUCGCCCCGAAGCCAGCUUUAUUAAAACAGACGAGAGACGGCGUCCUAGCGUUGAGAGCGUUGUGUCCGAACGACGCCGUCGCUCGAGCCAUCGCGAAGGUCCUACCUCGUUUACCACAUCUUUACAAAGUGGAUAUUGCGGACAAUCGACUCGGUGAUGUCGCUCUCAAGGAAAUCGUCGACGCCGUCAACACUACUUCUACGAUUACAUCCCUGGAUCUCUCGAGAAAUAAGAUCGACGAUGAAGCGAGUGAAGCGAUCAUGGCGUUGAUCGGUAAUCACGAGCAUGGACUGAAGGAGUUGGUCAUGUCCGACGCCGAUGUGGACGAUGGGGAAUGUGCGACGCUCAUCUCCACGCUCGAGCAUAAUAAAGUGUUGCAGACGUUGGAUCUGUCCCAUAACAUGCUGGGAGCCUGGGAAACUAAAAAUGUGGUGGAGCCCGAUACAAUAACGGGUCCGGAGCAAAUAGCCUCAUGCCUCAGUACUGGUACUUUGUCAUUGACCUCACUGGAUCUGUCGUGGAACUUUAUACGGGGUGAUAGCGCGGAGCAGUUAGGCGCUUCCUUAGCGACGUGUGCAUCCCUACAAAAGUUAGUACUGGCCUACAACACUUUUGGGGAUAGACCUUCACAAGUACUGGCAUUGGCUUUACAAUCCGACAAGUGCAUGCUACGGGUCCUAGAUCUGUCGUACAACAACGUCAAGCCUCGGGCCGCCUUAUGCCUAGCGGCGGCUUUGAAGAGGAACGAGCAUUUGAGAUUUGUGAACCUCGACGGGAAUCCCGUGGGCAGGGUCGGUGCUCGAUCGCUCAUGUCCUCGCUGCAAGGCUGCGGCCACGAUUUGGAAUUGACGCUCAAAGAGUGCGAUAGAGAAUUAGAAGAUGGCACGUUAUUCAACUCUGAAGAACCCGGUGGGAAGUAUAGGUUGGACAUGAGUGUACCCUAUGACAAAGUAGUGUGCAUGGAGUUGAUACAAGUAGCUACUUUGAGGGACUUCUCCCAGUUCACGGAGUUACGACACUACCCGCCGGGUGUCAAACCGCCACCCAUCAAUUCCGAAGAGAAGGCGGGCAAAGAAAUUGUGCUGUCGAGGACCGAUGCGAAGGGCAAGCCCUUACCUGGUAGAAUGUUAACACCACCGAAAGCACCUGGUCAACAACCGAUGUGGCCCUUACUCUUCGCUAGGUGCGCCAAAUCCUUGGACAGGAAAGAGCUCUCGUCAAUCUUCCUGUGGAUGGGCUUCGAGCCUGAUACCAAACCGAUACUAGAUCAGUUCAACAAGCGUCUACCGAAAGACAUCACCGAUAAAAAAUCUUUACUCAGAGAGUUGUGGCUUGCAGUCUUUGCCGUGGCCGACGCGGACGAGUCGGGCGCCGUCGACCCGGACGAGCUCCAAAAACUCAUUCAAGAUGUAUUACAGGUAGAAUGCACUCCAGAAAAAGCACAAGACAUCUUCAAGGAGUACGACCUUGAUGGUUCUAAUUUACUGGAAGCACUGGAAUUCGCGGAUCUCUGCGCGAAGGUUUUUGAACCAUCAACAGAUACGUUCAAGGGUCCCCUCGUGGCCGAGAAAGAAAAAUCACCUUGGGUGCCGCCCGACAGCGGUAUUCUCGACAUUGUCUUCGAGUGCCCGCCAAGUGCCGCCUCUGUUGAUGAGGUUGGUAGCGACGACGGCGUGGAGCUCAUCCUGAAGUUACUGGCGAAGGCCGAAACGCCGUCGGAACGGCAGAUUAUUUUUGACGUGUCGUGUUCGCAGACGGACAUCUUCUUGACUGGAGAACAGGCGCGGAAGGUCUUUCAUGCUGCCGUAUGUGAUUAUACUCCUGUAGAUAAAGUAGCGAAGCUACUACCGCAAGUCGCGCAAGUGCAAGACGCCUGCACCUUCGCGGAACUAUGUUUGGAUACAGCACAGCUAAGGCAGCUCCGCGAGAAGCUUAGUUAUGCGUGGGGGCCCCUCACUGGAAAUCCGACGGGCCACUACUGUCUAGAUUUCCGGUUGGAGAUGCAUCGGUUAGCAGGGAAGAAGAUCGCCGGGUUAGCUACGGCGCAAAGGUCGUUAGAUGAACGAUUGAACAGGUCCGAUCGGGCCCAGCACGGCAACGGCUACGGCUUCCGGAACGAGCGGUUCAACGGCGAUCCCCUCGUGUUGACGCCGCAGUGGUUUACUGGUUUGGAGGAGAAGGAUGGGAUUCUGAGGUUUGACUUUGUGUCGUCAGAAAGGUGUAUCCAGUCCACACCGACUUUGUCGGAGAGGCGCUUCGACGCUCUCUUAACAGGCGCGGGGUUCACUACUACUACUUAUCAAAGACCAAAAACACCAGCUCCGCCCAAGGUGCGCUUCGAGGAGCAGGAGGACAAGGAAGAAAGCCCCACAGAGAGCCGGGGGAUCCUGUCGCCCUCGACGAAAUCGCGCAUGGGCGAACGGAGAAGAGAAGCGGAAGCCGAGGCCGCCGCGCACAGGGCCGAAGAGGAGCUUGAGAGAGAAGCGAAGCAGAUCAGGGAGGGCGAGGACCCCAUCGAGUACGCGGCGCGCAUUCAACAAGAAAAGAAGGCUAGGGAGGAGGCGCGCAAGGAAGCGGCUAGGGAGGCCAAGCGCAAGUUCCUCGAGGAGGUGGCCGCGCGCGAAGCGGAAGAGAGUGACUAUGAAGAGGUCCGGGAGACGGACUGUUGCGCCGAGUGGUGGCGCGAAAUGACGCAGUCGUCUUCUUCGAAGCUAACACCAUCGUUGUAUUCCGAGGCCUACGCUAUCAAGUUGCGGCAGAAAGGGAGGACCGAGGAGCCGAAGAAGAAGAAGAAGAAGGUCAAGCGGCGCAAGAAGAAGAAGAAGCGGAAGAAGGGCUCGGUGGUCGAGGACGACGACGAGCCCCUGAAUCCCUCUGCUGACUAUCGAUCAGGAUGGGAGGCCAUACGGUCAUUGCAAUCUACGAUCGGUAGGAGGUACCUAUCAACAGCCCAAGUCCUGCAGGUUGUCCAGAGGUUACCUUCCAUUGACUUACUGAGGGUCGAAGGUAUCAUAUCACUCUUCGGGAGAAUUGUCGACCUAGAUAAAUUUCAUGAAUUGUGGCGGGAGCUGACUCAUGACGAAGGUGAUGAAUUAAUACACAGGCUGGGCUACCUUAAUGCAGGCAACCCGAUGGCCAUGGAGUGGGGCGGCCGCGUCUACAAGCUCAACCUCAAAAUACCAGAUGAAUAUAAAAUGGCCGAAGCUCUAGUGAAAUUAGCCAUCUUGGAGCCGGGCACGAACUGGGUCGGCGAGCGCUUCAAGCAGAAGGAGACGAACAAGGAGUGGAGCCCCGGCUGGACGUGCCCGCCGACGUGGGAGGAGAAGGUGUAUGACUGGGGCAUUUUGGAGCUGCGCUACAAUACACGAGGUAGUAGAGGUAGUAGAGGUUCUCGUGGGUCGCGCGGGAGCCGCUCGGAAGCCGACGAGAACGCGCGGCGGGGCCUCAAAUCAAGGUUUUUGUGCGGCUGCCGGCCGGACGACGACGCCGCGUGAUAUAAGAUGUGAUGGUUCGUA